AUAGAUUCUGACUGACUGCUUCCUGACUUCCUGACUGCUUCCUCAACGUUUUGAUGUCAGAAGAGGAGUCAUGGAACACCCAGCUUGUAUUUUGGAGGAGUUGAAGCAGUAUGUCGUAAAUGAGGCCCCACCAACAGUGUAUUACAUCCCAGAUUUCAUAUCGGAAGAGGAGGAGUCCUACCUUCAACAGAGAGUGUUUAACUCUCCCAAAACUAAAUGGACGCAGCUGUCAGGCAGACGGCUUCAGAACUGGGGAGGGUUACCACACCCCAAAGGCAUGCUGGCAGAAAAGAUUCCUGACUGGCUCCAAACCUACUGUGAGAAAAUCUCCUCUCUUGGUGCAUUCAGUGGGAAAACGGCCAAUCAUGUGUUGGUGAACGAGUACAAACAAGGGGAAGGGAUUAUGCCUCAUGAGGACGGCCCUCUGUACCACCCUACUGUCACCACCAUCAGCCUGGGCUCUCACACCCUGCUCGACUUCUACACGCCCGUCAGCAGCCGGGAGGAUGAUGCACCGCAGACGGAGGAGAGCCGCUUCCUCUUCUCCCUGCUGGUGAAGCCGCGCAGUCUUCUGAUCCUGCAGGAGGACAUGUACCAGCUUCUCCUUCACGGCAUCCGGCCCCAGGGACAGGACACGCUGACGGACAAGGUGCUGAACCUGUCCGCUGCCGGGGCCCAGCCAGGAGAGACACUGACCCGAGGCACCAGAGUGUCACUGACCAUACGACACGUGCCCAAAGUUAUGAAGGCAAAGUUUUUACUGGGGAGGAAAUGAAGAAAUACCUAAUAUUUGCUAUGGUACUAUAUGUUGUGUUUGCCACUGACACCAUCUAGUUUAUUCUCAGCCAGGAUGCUUAUCAGUUCUAUUUUAUAUAAGUUGUCUGUAUUGUAUCACUUCAGCUUUGUUAAAUGUAUCAAGUAAUUUCACUGCUUCAGUCAUUUUAAUCUCGACAUUAUCAAAGGCAACAAUACAAUAUAGUUGCAACUAUAAAUUGUUUAAACACGCUCUGGAGGGAACACAGGGAUUUUGGCCUUUGCAGACCAUUUACAUGCACUAAAACCUAUAUAACACACAACAGGAAAUGGAAAACCCCAAAAAGCAUAAUGGGGCCCCUUUGAGGGUGUAUGGCAUCUUUGUUGCAAAUAUCUAUUGAAGAAGAGACAUUUUUAUUUUGUUUGGUAUUUGCAUUAGCUGAAUGUCUGUAAUAAUUAUUCAGGUCUUCUAACUGGAAUUAUUUUGUAUUUAUUUGUCAACUCUUGUUUGAGCAUAAAAUGGAUAGACAAUUGG